AUGUCUUUCGGAAAGACCGUCACCCUCAACUCUGGCCACGCUAUCCCUCGGGUUGGAUAUGGCACCUGGCAAGCUGCUCCUGGCGAGGUUGGCAAUGGUGUUUAUGAGGCUCUCAAGACCGGCUACCGCCACCUUGAUCUGGCCAAGAUUUAUGGCAACCAGAAGGAGGUUGGCGAGGGCAUUAAGCGUGCCUACGCUGACAUUCCCGGCCUCAAGCGUGAAGACAUCUUCAUUACCUCCAAGCUGUGGAACAACAAACACGACCCUGCAGAUGUUGAGAAGGCGCUCGACGACACCCUGGCUGAGCUGCAGCUGGAAUACCUCGAUCUCUACCUCAUCCACUGGCCUGUUGCUUUCAAAUCCGGCGACGACAAGUUCCCCAAGGUUGCCAGCGGCACUGAGGUCGAUAUCAGCCGCAGCGUCACCAUUUCACAGACCUGGAAGGCCAUGACCGAGCUUCCCAAGUCCAAGACCCGCUCUGUCGGAGUUUCCAAUUUCAGCAUCGAGCAUCUUGAGGGAGUCAUUGCUGCCACCGGCGUUGUCCCUGCUGUCAACCAGAUCGAGCGUCACCCUCGUAUCCCCAACCUUCCUCUGAUCGAAUAUUGCGCCAAGAAGAACAUCAUUAUCACUGCGUACUCCGCUUUCGGUAACAACAGCUGGAACGUCCCUCUGCUCGUCAAUACCCCCGAGGUCAAGGCUAUUGCCGACCGUCUCGGUGCCGCCCAAGGAAAGACCGUUACUGCUGCCCAGGUCAUUGUUGCCUGGUCCGUCCUCGGCAACCACACCGUCAUUCCCAAGUCUGUUACUCCAUCUCGCAUUCGUGAGAACUUCCAGGAGGUUGAGCUUGAUGACCAGGCCAUCCAGGACCUUAAGAAGCUCGGCGAGACCCCUCAGCGAUUCAACAUUCCCACCACUUAUAACCCCAAGUGGAACAUCAACAUCUUCAAUGAUGACAAGGAGAAGGAUGCCGCUCUGCAGGUCCUUAUCAAGUAA